GGGAAGUGCGGACCUGCUGAACCAGUGGCGUGCGGGCCUCAGCCAGCCAUACCUGGCUCUAACGCAAGUAAACUGUUCAAAAACAAAAGCGGAUGCCAGUGUUCCCCUUUACAUGUAGAUAACUGACACUUUGACAGCCUGCGGUCAGACAAUGGGCGCGAACAACAGUACCCGUCGCGUGUCAUUUGAAUCAGACGAGAACGAGAAUAUAACGGUGGUGAAGGGCAUACGGCUUUCUGAGAAUGUCAUCAACCGCAUGAGGGAGCCUGCAGCUCCUCCUAAACACCAACAUGCUCCUUCUCCACCUCCACCGGCACCUACUCUGAAUCCUUCUCCUCUCCGGCGGCCAGUGCCUCCCCUUUUUGACCCGAUCACACCCUUGCCUCCUCCCUCUCCUUUUGUAGAGCCUGUUGCACCCCCUGCUCCUCCUACACCAGCUCCAUCUGCCACAGAGACUGUGGCUGCACCUCCACAGCCUCCUCCUCAACCAUCCUCAGAACAGCCCCCUGUGGAACCAAUAUCCCCUGCUCCAGUGCCAGUGCCUGAAUCAAGUCCAGUCCCACCACCUCCUGCUGCACCAGCCGUCGAUGAGGAGGCCCUGAGGAAGAAGAUCACUGAUGAGCUGUAUAAAGGCUUGGAGCAGGAGAGGGCCAAGGCAGAGCAAGAGCUGCAAGCCUGGCUGGAGGCAGAGAAGGCUCGGGCAAGGGCGCAGACUAAUGCUGAUGCCCAGUCCCAAGUCCAGCAAGAAGUGUCCAGGAUCCUGUCGGUGGAGCGGGCCAUGGCCCAGGACAGCCUCCAGCAGGCUGUCAUAAGGGAGAGGAUCGCCACUGAGGAUGAGAGGCUCCGCGCUCAGCUCUAUGCCAAGCAGCUGGAGGCCAGAGAAGCAGAUUUAAAGAGGCAGGAUGCUUUCUACAGAGAGCAGGUGGCCCGGCUGGAGGAGAGGAGUGCUCAGUUCUACAAGGUCACCACAGAGAACUACCAUAAAGCUGCAGACCAAGUGAAUGCCAAGUACAAGCGGUAUGAGGUGUAUCCAGUGUGUGCAGACCUGCAGGGCCAGAUCCUGGCAUGCUACAAAGAGAACGUUGGAAAAACCCUUCACUGCUCCAACAUAGCAGCCCUUUACCUACAGUGUGUCAACAACGCCAAACAGAAUGACAAGUAUGUGCAUGCACCCUCAUGGACAGAUGAUAUAACAAGUUGAGGACUGGGGGUUAAAGAAGAGAGAGGAAGAAAGAGAGAGCAAUGAAGAGUUUAUUGUGUGGGAUUACUGAUUAUCGACCGACUGACAGACAGACCAAAGCAGAGUGGAGGAAAUGAGGAAUGAAUCAGCACUGACACACACACACACACACACCCUCAAAACCCUGUGACCGAACCAGAGUAGAGGCACCGAACACAGCACCUUUAACGAGAAAUAGACACCUUUUCCCUCGAUUCUUAUCUCCCUCCCCUCCUCUCUUCCCCUUCGUCUAUCUCUCCCUUGAGAAUAGCAGGGAGGCAGUGACACUGCGGUGACCUACGGGACCCAGCGGGCCUGAGCUUGGCUCACUAAGAGGACAAAGAUGAACCAGAACCACCUCAAGAAAGCCAGCCACAUGUGUCACAAGCCACUUAGACCCAUCUCCACUCACUCCCAACACCCUUAGGAAAAUGAAAGUCUAUUUUUACUAAUUAAAGUCAGUCCUAUUUUGUUGUCAAUAAUUCAUAGUUUUCCGACUCCUAAUGCACUAUCCUGUACACAGAUACACAUGUACGCAUCUGUUUCUUCUUUGCAUCUGUACGUGUGAGAUUGUGUUAUGUUAAUAAUUUAACGACCUGCGUGUUGAGUGUUCAUCCAGACCAACACUUGUGACAAUGUCUGAUCAGAGGAAAUAAAAAACAAAAUGAUG